CCUGCAGACACCGCUGGAUGUGAGCCCCCGGCGCGGGAACUUCUCUGCCUCCGAUGGGGAAAGGAGCCCAAAACACAGAGUUUUCAGACCCAGAAGAAGCGUUGAGCUGUUGCGAAGAUGCUAAGAAGGAGUACAAAUGGGGGUCCGACACGAAGAGGCUGGAGAAGGAAAGAUCCCGCUCGUCGCAGGUGUUCGUCGCGUGCGUGGUGCUGGGGCUCAUCGUCUUAGCCCUGCUGGUGGCCUUGACCGUCGUACAUUUGGGGCGCCGUUUGCCUCACCCGGACUUCUCCUACGUGUGCCCAGACGCCUGGCUUGGUUUCCAAGGGAAAUGCUAUUAUUUUUCCGACGUUGAGAGCAACUGGACCAGCGGUGAGGAAAGCUGCAAAGCCCUGGGAGCUUCGCUGGCCGUCAUCAGCAACAUGGAGGAAAUGACCUUCAUUAAACGCUAUAAAGGCGAAGCCAACCAUUGGUUUGGGCUGCGGAAGGAGGAUGACGGCUGGCGUUGGACCAACGGCACAGCCUUCAACAACUGGUUUGAGGUGCGGGGCGGCGGGCCCUGCGCCUACCUCAACCAGGAGAGGAUCAGCUCGUCCCUGUGCCACACGAUGAAGCACUGGCUCUGCAGCAGAGCCGACGACUACGUCCUCUGGAAGCAAAGGACGUAGCUGACCAGCAGCGCUCAGCUCUGCCAGCAGCAGAUGGAAAGAAGAGAAGAGUUUUCUUUGGAAAAAUCCCACACCAACAUUUAUAAAUUUGCAUUUUCAUUGCGCUUCCUGCUGAGAGACACCGGAAUAUCAUUAAGCUGGCAUUUCUGUUGUGAGCCACGCAGUUUGGGAAAAUACCUGCCUCUGUGAAUUA